AUGAUACACAACCCUCCUCGAGAGCCUCUCAUUGCCAUCGUUGGCGCAACAGGAACUGGCAAAUCGCAACUAGCCGUCGAGCUGGCGAAAAGACACAAUGGCGAAAUCAUUAACGGAGAUGCUAUGCAGCUUUAUGCUGGGCUUCCCAUCAUAACCAACAAGAUUACGCUCGAGGAGCAACAAGGCAUACCUCACCAUCUACUGGGCUGCAUUGGUCUGCAUGAGCCUACAUGGGUAGUUGGCACAUUCGUCAAGCAGGCAUUAGGCGUCAUUGAGGAGAUCAGAGCAAGAGGAAAGCUACCGAUUCUCGUCGGCGGCACGCACUACUACACGCAGAGCCUACUGUUCCAUGACCGGCUGGCUGAUGGAGAUCGAACGAUUGCGAGACACGUGAGUGAUAGCGAGGAUAGUGGUCACGAUCGCUUGCCGCUCCUGGAGCAACCCACGGAAGUUCUCCUGGAUCAGCUAAGAAGAGUUGAUCCUGCAAUGGCUGAGCGUUGGCACCCACGGGACAGACGAAAGAUCCAGCGCAGCCUUGAGAUCUUCCUCAAGACCGGGAAGAAAGCAUCUGAAACCUAUGCUGAGCAAAGAACACGCCGGUCAAACACGGCCGACCAACACGACUCUCCAGAUGGAGACGCAGAGGGCUUGGACGUUGGUAGAACGCGCUUUCAGAUCCUCAUAUUCUGGCUCCACGCAGAGCCGAAUGUGUUACGUGAACGACUGGAUCGUCGAGUUGACAAGAUGUUUGACGCUGGUUUGCUUGAGGAGGUCCACACUCUCGACACCUAUUCUGAGGCGGAGCUUGCUGUUGGAAGGACAGUGGAUGAAACGAGGGGCAUUUGGGUCAGUAUCGGCUACAAGGAGUUCAAAGACUACGCCCAUGCCCUCGACUUGGGUCUCGCGACUGCCAAGGAGCUCGAACAGCUAAGGCUCGAGGCGCUCGAGAAGACCAGAGUCGCUACAAGACAAUAUGCCAAGCGUCAGCUUCGGUGGAUCCGCAUCAAGCUGCUACUCUCAUUGCUCAACGCCAACGCGCUUGACAGCAUCUACGUGGUCGAUGGCUCCAACGUCAAAAACUUUUCGGAAACCGUAGUCGAGCCCGCUCGCGAGCUUACUCAGCUCUUUCUGCACGGCUGUGACAUGCCUUCGGCGGAGCAAGUCUUGCCUGCAGCGGCGGAGCUUCUGAAGCCGAAGCGAGCUUUUGAUAUCUCGGCGGCUCCCGAGGAGUGGAAGAAGCGUCACUGCGACGCCUGCAAUGUUACCUGUGUGGUGCCGCAGCAAUGGGAGCAGCAUGUGAACAGCAAAGCGCACAAGAAGACUCUCAGUAAGCUACGGCAACGGGAGACCUGUGCCUCAUCCCAGGAUGUCCGGGGUGAAUGA